AUGGAAGGCCUUUUGAGCCAUGGAUCACCAAACCAGUUCCGCAUCAUCGCUGCCCCGUCGCAACCCAGAUCCCCCGUUUGGUUACAGCGGGCUCAACUCAUCUCAAGAGCCGGAUACAUACAGCUUGCCAUGUGUGUCCUCUCCCUGCUUUGGAUAGCGGCGCACCAUGUUCAAGCUCCCCGCUCUGCGAAUCGCAAGGCCUUCAAACCACCUGGCUUACUGUACUUCGAAAUUGCUGGCCAUGUGCUACUUUCCGCGACUGUAGCCCUCUGGAUCAGUGUAGCUAUUCAGCAGGGGGAGCAUUGGCCAGAUGUAUUGGCCCUGCUCUACAUCUUGCUGCUAGGUAUUCUCAGGGCAGCUCUAGGCAAGGAAGCACGCAAGAUGCUGCUGAAUCAAGCCAACAUCAUACUUGUCAUGGAGAUGUCGCUGCUUCUCAUUGCUGAAAUAUCCCCUCUAACCGUCAUUGGCAACCGCUACAGGCCAGACAGAUUUGUUUCGGCAGGGAUGCUUGGUUUGGCGUCAGUCAUGGCCGUCGCCGCAACGUCUCCGCGAGAAUGGGCGCCUCCGCCAGAGUGCCCUGCGAUUGUUCAAGGCUCCGAUGUCAAGCCGGCCCAGGAAGACACAUGCAGCUUGCUCGACUACUACUGCACAUUUGGGAGAGUAAACAGUCUCAUUCGGAAAGGAUGGAAAGGCGACAUCACAACGGCUGCUUUCCAGGAUCUGCCGUGGAACUACACACCCGAGGUUUUGUACCCUCAAAUAAGCAAGCUGCGCAAAAAGUACAAAAGCACAGCCAUGACCAUCUUCAUGUUUAUACCGGGAGAGAUUAUCCUUUCGACCCUUCUGGCGGGCGUCUAUUUUAUAACUGAGCUCUCAACACCCUUUAGCUUGUAUCAACUCCUGGAAUACUUGACGAACCCCGAAGACGCCGUGUUCCACCCUUAUUUAUGGCUGUUUGUAAUGUUUACAGGAGCUCUUCUCGAGUCUGUGGUGCAGCAAGCCUUUGUGUUUCUUUCCACGCGCGCCGCUAUCAAGGUCAAGAUGGCGCUGACUACGGAAAUGUACCAGAGGGCCAUGGCAUCCCGGGAGCUCGAAGACGACUUCCUGGAUGAUGAGGCAGAGGCGUCUCAAGAAUCCGAAGAUCCUCACGAGCCAGAGCACCAGGCGCAACGCAAGUCCUCCUCUGGGCAGCUGGCAAAUAUCAUGUCCACCGAUAUCAACGCGGUGCAAGACGGACGAUCCGUCCUCUUUAUCAUUGGUGGUGUCCCAUGCGGUGUUACAGUCGCGCUUAUUGGCAUGUACAACAUCGUGGGAUGGCCGAGCCUCAUCGGCGUCGGCGUCAUGCUUCUGAUGAGCCCUCUGCCGGCCUGGAUCGUCAGUCACGUAGGUGGCCAGCAAAUGGCGGCAAAGUCUGCACAGGAUAGCCGAAUAUCCCUGUCCACUGAGUAUCUCGGCGCGAUUCGCGUCAUCAAGUACUUUGGCUGGGAAGACGCAAUUGCCAAGUAUCUCCAGGAGAGCAGGGCACGGGAGCAAAAGCACAUCUGGAACAUGGCGCUCUUGUAUACCGCCAUGGGCGAAGCAGCAUACCUGAUUCCCAUCCUGUCCAUCAUUGUCAUAUACUCCUUGUAUGUUGGGGUCAGGCAGCUUCCACUCACCGCGUCCGUGGCGUUCACGACGAUCCGUCUCUUGGAUAUUAUACGGGACAACUUUAGCAUGAUGGCGGCCAUGGCCGUGUUUGUUCCCAAGAUAUCCAUUUCUCUUGGGAGGCUGGAUAAGUUUUAUGAUGCGGCCACGCCGCCAGAGUCGUACCCCCAAGGACCUCUGAAGCUGGAAAACGCCACGUUUCGGCGCAACAGACGUGCAGGCUUUCUCCUCCAGGAUAUCAGCAUUGACUUUGUGCAGGGUGGGCUGAAUGUCGUCUCGGGACCAAGUGGGAGUGGAAAGACGACGUUGCUGCUCUCUAUCCUGGGAGAGACCAUCAAGGAGGGCGGAAGCGUUACUCGCCCCCUCGAUGUGGCCUUUGCCUCGCAGACGCCCUGGCUGCAAGCGCUGUCUAUACGUGAUAAUGUCGUCUUUAACAGUGCAUUUAAUGCUGAGCGAUAUGAUACUGUCAUUGAUGCUUGCUGUUUGCGACUAGAUCUGGACGAGCUUCCUGAAGGGGAUAUGACGGACAUUGGAGAGAAUGGCUCAGCAUUAUCUGGUGGUCAACGUGCAAGAGUCGCAUUAGCUCGAGCCUUGUACUCCAGCUCGUCUCUGCUUCUACUAGAUGAUGUGUUCUCGGCAAUCGACACAAAAACAGCAUCUGGCUUAUGGAACAGGGUCUUCUGCACCGACCUUCUGAAAGGAAGGACGGUGGUUUUGGUCACACAGCAGCCAUGGAUUCCAGAGCAAGCCGACUUGGCCAUCGUACUAGAGAGCGGUAAAAUAGCAGCAAUGGAGCAGAACAUUGGCGUCGUGAGACAACCGAGGACUAUUGCGCAAAGGGAAGGACAUGUCGAAGACCAUGGCAACGGGCUCAGUGGCAGCACGACGCCGAUUGCUAAACCUCUCACAGAGCGAUCGAGCUCCAAAGCGGCACAAGAGUCAGAAGUAGAUGAAGAGGUGAGGCUCACUGGGCUUUCUGGUCGGCUGAUUUCCACUCUUAUUACGCUCACUCUUGUCCUCCAAAUCGGUGCCGAAAUUGGCACCACCCUUUGGAUGUCGCAUUGGGUCGACGCCGCGGCUCAAACGGGAUCCAUCAACAUCGCGUACUAUCUCGGCAUGUACGUCGCCAUCAACUUUUGCAGCGUCAUCGUGGCAGGGAUAGCCUACAUGGCCUUCAUGUACGGAGGCUGGGUGGCCGCGAGGCGCCUACACGGUGAGCUGGUGAAGGGUGUUCUGAGCGUGUCGCUGUCCUGGUUCAAGGACAACCCGGUCGGACGCGUCAUCAACAGACUAUCCGGCGACAUGGACACGCUGGACCAGUCGCUGCCGCCAGAGCUCAUGCAUUUCCUCAUGACGCUCACGUCGCUCAUCAUGCAGACGGGUGCCGUUAGCACCGUCCUCCCCGUCUUCAUGCUCCCUGCGCUUGUUGCUACCGUGCUGGGGGGGGCGCUGGGGGAGUUGUACAAUCGCACGAAUCUGAUUGUGAAGCAGCUGGUGGCUUCUACGCAGUCGCCCAUUUUUACGCAGUUUUCAGAGAGUUUGAGCGGGCUCGUCGUCGUACGAGCUCGGAGCGAGAUGCCGCGUGUGUUUGCUGACGGGCUGAACACAUUGCUGUACACGUCUGCGAAGGCGGCGGGUGCGCAGAGGGAGUGUGACCAGUGGAUGAAGUUUAGAAUCAAUACUCUGGCAGCAGUGGUUCAAGUGUCUGCCGGGAUGCUGGCACUCUCUAAACAGGGCGCGAUUUCGGCUGGUUUGGUCGGCUUUUCCCUGACGGCGGCGUCAACAAUGAGCGCCCUCAUCUUGCGGUUGGUGUUUAGCAUCAACUUUCUCAACACGGAAAUGCAGAGCUUUCACCGCGUCUCGGAAUACGCCAAGCUUCCUCCUGAGGAAUCCGGGAAAGAGGCUGAGCAAAAGGGAAACACUGACGUUGUGUAUGCUGAUGCACUGGAGCGUACAAUCCCUGCCGACUGGCCGAGGAGCGGUCGCGUUGAGUUUCGCAACGUAACAGUACGAUACACACUCGAUGGCCCUGAUAUUUUAAAGGAUAUCAAUCUUGUGUUCAAUGCAGGUGAGCGGGUGGCCAUUGUUGGCCGCACUGGCAGCGGCAAAAGCACACUUGUUUUAUCCCUACUCCGGUUCACAUACAUUGUCUCUGGGCAGAUACUCUACGACGGAGUCGACAUCACUGCCGUCCCACGGAAAAGACUCCGCCACGCCAUCGCCACUAUCCCACAAGAAGCGCUCAUCUUCCAAGGCACAAUUGCGUCGAAUCUAGAUCCGUCCGGAGAGGUUCCCCAGGAGAAGCUACAACGGGCCAUCGACGCCUGCGCAACAAUAGCAGCCAUGCAGCAGCAUUCCAGCGGGACCGAUUGCUCUGCCGCGUCGGCCGUGGUAAAUGAAGUCGACUCGAGUACGGGCGAAACUGUAACUAGCUCGUCUCCAGAUGCACAAUUCACAGGCCGCCUUGCGCUGUCGACUCUCGUCAACACGGGUGGUGGCAACUUCUCCCACGGCCAGCGACAAGUCCUCUCUUUAUGCCGCGUCCUUGUGCGUCGAUCGAGGCUAAUGCUCCUUGACGAAGCUACAUCCAGCAUGGACUUUGUUACGGAUGCUGGAAUCCAAGAGGUCCUACGAAAGGAUCUAGACGAAGAAGACGGCCACAGUAGAUGCCUCAUCACGAUUGCCCACAGACUUCGUACGAUUGCUGACUACGAUCGAGUGGUGGUGAUGGGCUCAGGAAAAGUGCUGGAAGACGGCACCCCCAGGAGUCUAUUUCACAAGCAUGGAGUAUUUUACGAUAUGGUGUUGCAUAGCGGUGAAGAGGACUUGUUUGCUGGAAUAUCUUGA